UGUCCAAAAUGGAGGGCGUUUUGGAGUCCCUCUGUCCUGGGCAGAAAGUAAAAAGCUAAAAACACUCAUAUUAUAUAGCUAUGUCAAUGUGUGCUUCUUUUUUUAGACAGGCUCAGAAAGGAGAAUAUGUUUCGUGAACUCCAGGGCAGGAGGCUGAAAUGGAGGACAUUUCUUCUUCUUGGUAGAAAAGGAGGGCUUCCCUGAGGAGGAGACUGAGGCUGCCGCCGUCUCCAUGGAAACGCGGCCUAGUCUCCGCUGAGAAGCACCGCCCUCGAGUGAGAAAUCUUUCCCCCUUGAGGAGAGAGGGAAGGUGAGACCAAAGAUUGUCGCCCCCUUGACCCCCGAGCCCUCACGUCGGGACCAAGAAGGAAGAAGCAGAGCAGAAUGUCUCACACUCAAGCAGAGAAUGUCAUAAAGAAUAUCAUCCGUGAAAUAGGACAAGAAUGUGCCAUGAAGGGACAAACCGUAUCAGAAACUCUGGUGGCAUUCAUAGUGAAAGCUGUUGUAUUGGAUCCAAGGAAUGGAUUUAAUGUGGACAGGACCCUUACAAAAGCUGAUGUCCAAAAACUUAUUAAGCUUUCCAUUGAUAGACUUCUUGACACAGGAAAUCCAUCUCUAGACACUAUCAAAAUGCAAGUUUAUUUUGAUAUGAACUAUACAAACAGAGUUGAGUUAAUUAAUGAACAGCAUCGUGUCCUGGAGUCCAGGCUUGCUCCUGUAAGCAGAGAAAUUACAGAUAACCGUGCUCGUACACGAGAAGAGUUGGAAAGUGUUUAUCGAAAGAUUGUCAGCUAUGUGCUAUUGCGCUCUGGCCUCGGGUCCCCUACAGACAUCAGGGUCAUUAGAGAGGCAACUGCUGCCCUGCAGAGUGUGUUUCCUCAGACUGAGCUUGCUGCCUUCCUGUCUCUCAGUAAAAAAGAGAAAGAGCGACAAUUGAAGGAACUUACCAUGAUUGUCACAGGAAUUCGAUUAUUCAACAAGAACUGUGGAAAAGGAGGGGAAGGCAUUGAUGACUUGCCAGGUAUUCUUGAGGAAGCUAUCCCAGCAGCCAGCCAUCAUAUAGAUCUGGAAUUACAUGCUUCUCAGGAGCUGGCUUACCGCUAUACAGCCUUGAUUGAAAUGAUGCACCACAGUCAAAAUGCUGAGAUGGAACUAAGGAUGACAAUGUUAAAAGAAGUACUAUACAAUGUGAGGCAACAUGAGGCUUUUCUGUGUCUUAUUCUGUCUGAUGUGAUAACAUGCGCACAAGAAGUUGAUAUGAUGCACAAGCAGUUUGACGCCCAGAUGGAACAGCUAAAAAAUGUUGUUCAGGCAAAGACAGCUGUGCCUACAUCGUUGGUUUAUCCUAUAUUUAUUGCACUUUCUAACCUUUGGACCAGUUUUCAAGAUGAGAUACUGGUGCUCAGUUUCCUCAACAACCUGACUGUCAGUCUUCAGCAGUUCUUGGGAAGUCAUGCACUGAUCUUUCCGGAAGAUGUGAUGGAAUCUCUUCUUGAAGACAUUAUUGUGAAAACGGAUCAGAUAAGGUUAAAAGAAAGUGCCGAAACCAAAGUAAAUCCUGCUGACUUUACUAAAGUAGAAUGGCUCUUUCCAGAAACUACAGUUAACUUUAGCCAACUAGUGAUUCAAUAUCAUGGCUUUUGUGCUUACACUUUUGCUGUGAAAGAUGGCCUUCUACUCCCAGGAAAUCCAUCUAUUGGAGUCCUGAAACACAAGGAGAAAUUUUAUGUUUUUAGUUCCAAGGAAGCGGCAUAUACUUUUGCUGAGAAUCCUGAGAAGUACAUUAAGAUGACUGCAGAAAAAGCAAAGGAAUCUGCAGAGCUUAUUCAGCUGCUUGAACUUCAUCAGCAGUUUGAGUCCCUUGCCCCCUAUUCUCAGAUCAGAGCUAAAGAGAAAAGCUUGUUACCAAUCACAAAAUGUGACAGCAGUACUCAGACUGACACCCAUAUUUUGCCACCAACUAUUGUGAAGGAUUAUGAGUGGAAUGAAUGGGAACUAAGGAGAAAAGCCAUCAAACUGGCUAACCUGCGUAAAAUGCUAACUCACUCCAUGCAGACUAACCUCAGUCACAUGAGAAGAGACAACUGCAGCCAGGUAUACCCAAUGAAGGAUUCUGGCACACAGACCAAACGUGAAAACUCUAGUAAUGUACCCAGACCACAGAUUUUCCUGGCUGGUCUUCGAGGAGGAACACCCCCAACUACUCGUAUGACCAAAGUGAACUUAACAAGAGCAGUUGAUGAAACCUAAGAGAAAAUUAAAAUUCCUUCAAUAAAGAAUGGUUUAAGGGAAGUAAAUGAACUAUGUCAUAUUCUUUAUCCAUUGAGUCAAACCAAGCUCUUUAUAUUUAACAAAGCCAGAGGAAAAGCUUUUAAGUGUGUCAUUCAUUGUUAAAUUUAAGUCUUGUAUCACAGUUCUGUCAUAUUACAGCUCUUUUUAUUGGAGGCUGUAUGGGAGACAGCACAAGCUGGCUUCUCAUUAACACUGCCUUUUUUGCUCAUGAAGUUUCUUUCCUGUUUGCUCUCCCUUAGUCACCCACUUGUUCUGUUUAGAUAAUGUUUAUCAUUCCUCCAGGUCAUCUUCAUAUGACAUACUGGUCUGAUUUUCCCAUUCGUUCUGGGCCCACAUUUAAUUUGUAAAAUACCACUAAUUACUCUUGCUCCAUCCUUAUUCCUUCCAAUAACUAUCUGUUUACCCCUUUCUCCAGUUUGCUCAUCACUGGUAGUUCUUUAGAGUUUGGUAUUUCACAACAGUUUGGUAGCUGUGCAUCAGGGUUGACUGUCCUAGGGAUCAGACCUGGGAAAUUAGUCCAGUAGCCACAGAAUGGAGGCUCUGGGACCUGUUCUUUUGAAUGUUGCAUGUUAUUUUGGCACCCCAUGCAUGGUUACUUUUUGUGACAGUAAUUCCCAUAAGCAACACCAACAUCUCUCUUGUGUUGGAGAUAAACCUCUGGUCAUCUGAUGCCACUAAUACCUUCCACUUGGGCGCACUUAAGGACUUUAUCACAUGUGGCCUUUAAACCACCAUAAAACAUGGGUAAUAGUGCCUUUGGUGAUACCUAUUGUACAACCCCAUCUCAGUUUCCUCACUGCCUUGUCCUUGAAGCAUGGUUAGCCCACACUCUGCCACUGACACGGAAAACCCGUCAAUAAGCUCCUAGGUGAGCUGAUAUAGCGCUAGUCCUCAGGUGUGGUAAAUUACUCCUGUGGCAAUUCUGGGAAUCGGCAGUGACAUGGUAUCACUGUGUCCUCCAUCUCUACCUCCUCCCCUUUGCUAUUCCAGAACAGCCUGUCU